AUGGUAUUCGUGAGUUCCGCCGUUUUGGGAGCAGCUGCCGGUACCGGCCUGGCCCUGUUGGUUGCCGUCACCAUAGUUAUGUACCGGUACUACGUCGUACGGCGCAAGGGAAAAGAGUGGGCCGAACUGGACCGGCUGGAGGAGCGCAAGGCAGCGCGGAAGAUUAAUUUACGACAGGAGUGCAGUGUUAUUAGCGGCUCGCAUCCGGUGCAACCAGCCUCGGACAUUAUGCCGGCAACGAUGGGUAUCGACGGAAAAGGUUCGCCGAUAGACGUAAGCUCGAGUCCGUUGCAGCCUAACUUGGAUCAGAAAAAAGCGUACACGGGACGCCAGAGGCCGCCCACAUCGGCUUCGAGAAAUAACAGCAUGGAAAGCGUACAUUCGAAAGCAUCAUCGAGUUACCGGGAAUCACCUAAAGUGGGAUCUAAUGCAAACGCAGAGACACGAUCUACUCUUUCUGAUAACUUUGUAAUACAGAAAUCUCGCUCACCAAACCGAAUGAGAACACUAAGUUUAGAAGGUAAGCUUCCCCUGUACCAGAGUGAAAGUGACGUAGUUCGUUCGAAAGUACCCAGAGGAAGUGUUAGUUCGGUUUCGAGUAUCAGCGCAAAAGCUGUAAAUUCUCCAAAGAAAAGACUCAGUACGGUAUCGAAUACAACUCUUCCCCGAGCAGCCGAUUUCGUAGCUCCCGAUAGUCCUUGCGGAUCGAUUAGAUCGGACAGUAGCCGUUCGCCACGGAGACGAGUUCCGGUAAUAAUGGCUGCCAACGAUAUCAAUGCCGUUCUGGGCAGAUUUCAUCUUCGAUUGAAAUAUGACGGCGAUAGAGAAGAAUUGCUGAUUCAUUUGAUAGAAGCUCAAGAACUGAUACCAUUAUCGAGGGAUGGCUUUCGAGACCCUUAUGUAAGAAUGUUUCUGGACACGGACGACACGAACCGUUCGCUGCAAACCGCUAUCCACCGGACAGAGACGCACCCGUACUUCGAUGAGCAAUUUUCUCUUCCGCUGAGGCCCAAGAAUCUGGUCAAGUCGAAUUUCAUCAUGCAGCUGUUGGACUACGAUCGUUUCUCCCGAGAUGAAGUGAUUGGUGAAAUACGUUUCCUGCUGAAUACGUUGGAUUUAUCCGGUUGUGAAAUAUGGGGUGAUAUGAUUGCGAUGAAAAAACCCAUCGAAGAGCCCCCGGAGCUACUGAUUUCUCUAAGCUAUCUACCACAAGCCGAACGGUUGACGCUCGUUGUGAUGAAGGCCAAGAACCUGAACAUUGUUCACGACCCAUUUGUGAAGCUAUAUUUGAUGAUCAACGAGAAACGCGUCAAAAAACGCAAGACAAGCGCAAUCCGUGCAACGGAUCCGGCAAAUCCGAUCUGGAACGAAGCGUUUACAUUCGAUCUCCCGGCUUCCCAGAUGCAGGAUUCCGGAGUGGAACUGUACGUUACUUCUAACGAAGGUGAACAGCAGGAACCAGGUUGUGCGAUCGGACUACGGGAGACCGGAUCGGGACUACUGCACUGGCAGGAUUUGAUGCAGAACAGCCGUAAACCGAUUGCCAUGUGGCAUGUGCUGAGAUAA